AUGUCAAACAGCCUCCAGCAUCCCUCUGUCUCAGAUAAUACUUCUACUACAAACGAUCAUGAACCCGAUGCAACCUCUAAGCCGAGGAAGAGAGAUAUAAUGAAAUCUGUAUUCAGCCUCGCACCGCCUGUAUCCACUUUUUCCAAACAGUCCGAUCACACUACAGUGGAAGAUGAUGAGAUACAUAGGAAAUAUGAAAGAAUGAGGGAUGAAGAGCCGCAAGAGCUGCUGCAGAGGAGGGAAGGAGCGGCGGUGGUCAUUCAAAGGCAUUUUAGGGGGUAUAGAGAUAGGAAGAUGGUCAAAGGGAUGAAAUUACAGCGCGAUGCAAGAUGGGAUGAUCUGGUGAAACAGACGGGUGAACAGACUUAUUGGAAAGGUCAAUUAGAUAACAAGAAUGAUGUGAAGUCUAGAUGGCAUCGAGCAGUCCAAGCUGCUUCUCGACUGGAAUCGGGCGAGGGCCUUUAUAAUCCUCCUUCAGAGCUUACCGAGGAUAUACCAUCAGAAGAGAUACCGGAAUCUACCAAAAAAGCUAGACGAGCAACGUUUUGGGGUAGUCUCAGUUUACCUAUUGCCAAGGAUCAAAACACCGAUAAGGGUAAGGGUAGGGAUGAGAAUGAGGUAUUACCUUUUCAGAGUAAGGCGCUGGAACAGCAACAUUGGCUGGAAAUGAUUGAUGGUAAAAUAUGGUUAGUUAAGCCUUUGAGCUCCUUACCCAAAUUGAAUUCAGCUAAUUAUCAUGCAACGUACAAUACAGGAAGUAACAUGAAAUACUAUUUCAGGAAAUGGAAAGAAGCUGAAACCCAGGAUAACUUCUUCAGAUGGCUCGAUAGGGGUGAAGGGAAGGAUCUGGAUUUGGAGGAGAUGCCUCGAGAAAGAUUGGAGAAGGAACGAAUCAUGUAUCUAUCCGCCGAGCAACGACUUAAUUACUUGGUCAAAGUGGAUAAAGACGGGCUGUUAAGAUGGGCGAGGAACAACGAGCUUGUCGAUACAGCAGCAAGCAGAUGGAAAGAUGCAGGCGAAGGAAAAGGGAUAAUACCAGAGGAUAACUCUUCAGAUAACGAAGACGAGCAACUACCACGUAAAGAUGAUUAUACGACUACAACAAAGUCACCUUGGAAAGCUCGGAAAUCCCGCAAAACCGGAUCGACCCCAUCGUCAUAUGGAUCUGCGAGUGAUCUGUCGAUAUCGUCGGAUAGCUAUUCGGCGGAAUCGGAUUUGGAUGAUAAUGAGGAUACCCAUUAUGUAGGGUUGGACAAGGCUGACGAAGAGAAGGGCUGGUUGGAGAGAAAGAAGAAGAGAUUGACUCCUGGAGGGAUGAGGAAGGAAUUGUUGAGGAAGACUGUCAGACGGAAUACCUGGAUCUACGUUAGUGAUAUGAAGUUAAACUUGUUUGUCGGGAUCAAGCAAAGUGGCAAUUUCCAACAUUCUUCGUUCCUGGCUGGAGGCAAGGUCACAUCGGCAGGUAUAAUAGUGGUUAAACAUGGAUUGAUCAAAUCGCUCAAUCCGUUAAGUGGACAUUAUAGGUCGUCCAUCGAGCACUUUAGAGCUUUCAUUGGUCAGCUUGAGAAUAGAGGCGUGGAUUUGAGUCAUGUCAAGAUUGCCAAGAGUGUUCUGUCAUUAUGGGGUUUAUCCAAAUACGCCAAGAUAACCAAACGUGAACAAAACCUCAUUUCCACUCUGAAACGCACUUUGCACAUCUCAUCUGAACCUACUGAAGAAGAGAAAUCGGCAGAGUUGAAAGCCAACGCCGAAAGGGAAGAGAAGGAACAUCAGGAAAGGAUGCAAAAAGUUCAUAUUGCCGAGGAGGAGAGUGGACUAAAUGACCCCCAGCGGAAGGGGGAUGGAGAAGAAGAAAAUGACGAAGAGGAAUUGAGGAAGGUUAGGAGGGAAGUGCUUUACGGUAAAGAAAGAGAAAAGGAUAUAGAGGAUCAAGAACGUAAGGAAGAUACCAAACGGGAAAUACGACCUGUAUGA